AUGGCGAAGGUUGGGCCUCGGAGGGCCGGGGGCUCUUAUCGGGGCCGGAGACAGCGGCGGCCCCCGACCUGGGAGAUCUCGGACUCGGACACCGAGGGUCCUGUCGGCACGGAAGCCGAUUCAGAGGCCGCCACGAGGUCCCGGGACCCAGCGGAGGAGCGCAGGGCGACAGCCGAGGCGCUGCGGCUGCUGCGGCCGGAGCAGGCGCUCCGGCGCCUGGCGGUGCGCGUGGACCCAGCUAUCCUGGAAGAUGCUGGUGCUGACAUUCUGAUGGAGGCCUUGGGCUCCCUGGGCUGUGAGUACCACAUCGAGCCCCAGCGCCCCGUCCGGAGCCUCAGGUGGAGCAGAGUGAAGCCAGAACCUUGCCCCUACGGUGUGCCUCCUGAGAUGUGGGCUGCAGAUGAACAGGAACUUCUGCUGCUGCUGGAGCCUGAGGAGUUUCUGCAGGGUGUCUUCCAGCUGACCCAGAUCUGUGGCCCAACCUGCUCAGUACCCUGGAUUUCUCCCGAGAGCCCCACCUGCACUCACCUGGCUGUCAUCGGACUGGAUGCCUACCUGUGGUCUUACCAGCCCAAUGCCCAGGAGGAGAUGCAGCAGCCAGAGUGUCCAGGGGUGGCCCAUGCUAAGGUGGCGGUCGGCUGGCCUGAGGUGGAAGAGGCCCUGGUGCUCUUACAGCUCUGGGCGAACCUGGAUGUGUUGUUGGUGGCCUCCUGGCAGGAGCUGAGUCAGCAUGUGUGCGCCUUCACCAAGGCCCUCGCCCAGCGCCCCUUCAAGCAGUUCCAGGAGUGCAUGGCCUUUCCCUUCUGUACAGCUGGGCGCUGCGUGACAGGCAAGCGAGUGACAAGCGAUGGCACAGGGCUUCGGGGUGCCUGGUGGCGGCAGAUCAGGCAAUUCAACCGCGUCAGCCCGGCUGUGGCUGAUGCUGUUGUCACUGCCUUCCCCUCCCCCCGCCUUCUGCAGCAGGCGUACUUGGCUUGCAGUACCGAGCAAGAGCGCCUGACCCUCCUGGCUGAUCUCCCUGUGAAGGUGGAUGAAGGUGCUCGGCCUCGAAGGGUGGGGUCUGACCUUUCCCGCCGCAUCUGCCUCUUCCUGACCUCCACCAACCCGGACCUCCUGUUAGAUCUGAGCUCCUGACCAUGCCUGCCUGACUUACAGGGCCUUCGCCUGACCAUGCCUGCCUGACUUACAGGGCCUUCUCCCACCAACCAGCAAGACAGCAGGCAGCACAGCAAGGGAGUGACCAGAAACCACAAAGGGUCAGGGGGAAAGAGA